CGGAUGCAGUAUCUGUUCAUCGCCGAACUAGCUGGAGAGGCGGAGCGGUAUGAGGAUGUAACCACCCAAAUCAAACUCAUCGUCCAACACUUUGGUGCCCAACUGACGCUCGAUGAGCGCAACCUCCUUUCUGUCGCGUACAAGAACAUCACCAACAAUCUGAGGAAUAGUUGGCGCAUCGUUGAUACUGUGGAGAAGAUGGAGGCGACCCGGAAGGGAGGGAAGGCACAGCUCAUACGUCGGCAACGAGGGAAGAUCGAGGCAGAGCUGGAGCGCGUGUGUAAGGAUAUCGUUGGGCUUUUGGAGGGAAAGUUGGUGCGUGGGGCCAAGGCAGGAGAGGAAAGAGUGUUUUAUCUCAAGAUGAAGGGCGACUAUUAUCGAUACUUGGCAGAGUUCGCAGGACAGAAAGAGGCAAGGAACAAAUACGCUGAAGAGUCACUGUCGGCGUACAAGCUGGCCUACAUGCAUGCACUCUCCGUGCUGGAACCUACCCAUCCAACACGGCUUGGACUCGCCUUGAACUUUUCUGUCUUUUACCAUGAUGUAAAACAGAGUCCAGAACGGGCUUGUCAUCUUGCCAAGAGCGCUUUGGAUGAUGCUGUGUCGUCGUUCAAUGAAGAAACGGUGAUGAGUGCGACUAUGCGGGAUUCACUCAUGAUCCUCCAGCUGCUGAGGGAUGAUCUAGUGCUGUGGUCGGCGGAGAUGAUGAAUGCACCGUAGGCUGCUUUGCUUCAUCAUGAUAAAUCUCAUUCUGGGUUAGUCGCUCGCAUGUAUUGCUUUCAUUUGUUGCAUUCACUGUCCAAAAUAUAUUGCAUUGUAUCAUUCUGAAUCUUAGCUUCAAGGUCGAAGCUAGUGCCUUGGACCAAAAUGUACCAAUGGAGCUUAUAGUUAUUCACAGUUUAGACCAAGGAGUUAGUACAAAUUCACUUUUAUAGACACGUAUGUAAGGUCUGGAACAAGUCUUGGUUUCGUCC